AUGACCGCAAGUAUCAACGGUAGUAUUGAUUUAGAACGUUUUGAACUGGAAUAUGAUCAUGGUAAGAGAGGGGACGACACUCAUGAUAGAGUUGAAGCCAGAGAUUUGUACUCAAAGGUUGAUAUUGAAGAGGUUACAUUCCAAUGCGAUAAUUAUUCCGGCAGACUAGAUGUCAAUUCUUCUUUAUCAAUUCCAAUGUAUAAUGAGAAACCUGUCACAAUCAAGGACUUCUAUUACGAAAAAAUAAAUGAUUACUUUUCCAUUGGUGAAAUUGUUCAAUAUUUAACGUCGUUGUUUCCAUUGCUUAAAUGGCUACCACAUUAUAAUUUGGAUUGGUUAAUUCAAGAUUUGAUUGCAGGAAUCACUGUUGGUUGUGUCCUAGUGCCACAAUCAAUGUCAUAUGCACAGAUCGCCACUUUAGCCCCCCAAUACGGACUAUAUUCUUCAUUCAUCGGUGCGUUUAUAUACUCUUUCUUUGCCACUUCUAAGGAUGUUUGUAUCGGCCCAGUAGCAGUCAUGUCAUUACAGACAGCAAAAGUCAUUGAACGUGUCACUUCAGGAUUGACUGCAGAUGAACAAACUAUCUACACAGCUCCGAUUAUAGCCACUGCAUUGGCAUUAUUGUGUGGUAUUAUUUCGACAGGAAUUGGGUUUCUUAGAUUGGGUUUCUUGAUAGAAUUUAUUUCUUUAAAUGCUGUCGCAGGUUUUAUGACAGGAUCAGCCUUCAAUAUUAUAUGCGGUCAGGUACCGGCUUUAAUGGGUUAUAAUAAAAAGGUCAAUACAAGAGCAAGUACUUAUGAAGUCGUUAUUAAUACUUUAAAACAUCUACCUGAUACGAAAUUGGAUGCUGUGUUUGGAUUAAUCCCGCUUUCCAUUUUGUAUUUGUGUAAAUGGUUCUUUUCAUCAUUAGGUCCACAAUAUUUGAAUAAAUUAUCAAAUAGAAGAAAUUUAACAGAAAGACAAAGAAAAAUCAUAAAAUAUUUGGGUAACUAUUUUUUUUAUUCAAAUGCUAUGAGAAACGGUGUCGUAAUAAUUGUGUUUACUGCUAUUUCGUGGGCAAUCACUAGAGGUAAAUCAAGCACAAGUGUGCCUAUAUCGAUUUUAGGUACUGUUCCAAAAGGUUUAAAAGAAGUUGCUGUCUUUAAAGUUCCUGGUGGAUUAUUUGAAAAAUUGGCGCCAGAUUUGCCUUCAUCAAUUAUUAUUUUACUUUUAGAACACAUUGCAAUUUCAAAAUCUUUUGGAAGAGUAAACGAUUAUAAAAUUGUUCCAGAUCAAGAAUUAAUUGCUAUCGGCGUCACAAAUUUAAUCGGUACUUUUUUCAUGGCAUAUCCAGCGACGGGCUCCUUCUCAAGGUCAGCAUUGAAAGCUAAAUGUGAUGUAAAGACACCUUUAUCAGGAUUGUUCUCAGGAGCUUGUGUUUUGCUUGCAUUAUAUUGUCUUACGGGUGCAUUUUAUUAUAUUCCGAAGGCUACAUUAUCUGCGGUUAUCAUACAUGCGGUUUCAGAUUUGUUGGCAUCAUAUAAAACAACUCUUAACUUUUAUAAAAUGAACCCACUAGACUUUGUUUGUUUUAUUACCACAGUUUUUAUUACAGUAUUUUCUUCAAUUGAAUACGGCAUUUACUUUGCUAUCUGUUUUUCCUGUGCACAAUUAAUAUUUAAAAAUAUGUUCCCAGUUGGCUCAUUUUUAGGCUACAUUAAAAUAGCAGAAGUCUUAAACCCAACAUUAUCAACCAAUGAUUAUACUAUUUUAUUAGAUGAUUCCUCAUCAGUUCUUGGUGAAGAGAACACCAAAGAUGAUUCAGUUAAAAACAGGUUGGACCAGAAUGAGAAUCCGAAAUCUUCAGAAAAAGAAUAUUCUGAAUUCAAGUCUUAUGAAAUGAGUAGCAACUCCAAAACCACAAACUUAAGUUAUUAUGUUAGAUGGGUUCCAAUGAAAAAUGACUACCACAGAGAAGUCAAUCCCUUAAUUAAAAUAACUCCACCUCCACCAGGUAUAAUAGUUUACAGAUUUGGCGAUAGUUUUACAUAUUUAAAUUGUUCCAGACAUUAUGAUAUAAUAUAUGAUGAAGUUAAAAAAAACACAAGAAAAGGUAUCUCUAAUGUUUAUAAAAGGAAGCAAGAUAGACCUUGGAAUGAUGUAGGUGAAUGGGAAUGCCCAAAAAGUCUGAAGAAUCUUUUUAAUAAAUUUAAAAAAAAGACUGAUAUUGGAGGAGAUGAAGAUAAGGAUGGAAACGAAGCCAUUGAAAGUAAUAGCAAAGCGAAUAAUACUGAUAACAAACCAGAAUUGAAAAUAAUUUGUUUUGACUUUUCUCAAGUUGUUCAAACUGAUGCCACCGCAAUUCAAAGUUUAAACGAUUUAAGGAAAGCAGUAAAUAGAUAUAGUAAUAAACAAAUUGAAUAUCAUUUCUCAGGUAUUAUAUCUGCUUGGGUAAAGAAAAGUUUAAUCGAAAUGGGGUUCGGAACCGUAAAUGAUAAUUACAGUGACAAGUCCAUAAUUAUAGGACAUCAAAGUUACCACGUUUCUAAAAUUAAUAACCAAGAAGAUGGUUUAGAAAACCAAAUAAAUGAAAAAUAUCUACAACCGGAUGGAUCUUAUAUAUACCAUAUACAAACAGUGACAGGUACCAAUUAUCCGUUUUUCCAUAUUGAUAUCCCAGAUUUUUCCAAUUGGGAACUUUAG